GCUGAGCCAGCAGUAGCUGUCAGACGUCACCGCUGGAAGCCAGCCGCUGAGAGAUUUACUAAGCUUUCCCUAUCACGGCUGGAUGCAACCACUCAGCCGAUUUCUGCUGGCAGCCAGCCGCUAUGGUCGUCCGAACGCACCCAAUGACUGUGAAAUGAAAAGCCCUAUUACUACAUGACAAUGACACAUGACACUGACAAUUAAUCCAAAAUGGCGUCGUAACGUUGGAGUUUUGUAUACACAAUAUUUAUUUAUAAUGAAUAAAUAAAUAGAAGACGUUCCCAACAAAAUUAUUAUUUAAUUUCCUUUACUAAAUUAGUUUAAAUUAUUUACUAGUUAAUAGUUUUAAGUCAAAAUGUUCAAUACCAAUUUUCUAUACGAGAAACGGCCUUUGAAAAAGCCUCGUAUUGGGCCCCCCGAUGUAUAUCCUCAAGAGCCAAAGCAAAAAGAGGAUGAACUCACUAGUGUUAAUGUUAAACAUGGUUUUCCUACAAUGACCCACCUCAGUGAUGAAUUUGGAACCGCCAGAAAUUGUAAUGUCACAGCUAGCAAGGUUGGAGCCUACUUCAAUGCGAUUAUCUCUCGCAAAGAAGAGCUCUCAAUGUUACCAGAUUCUGGUAGAAAAAGACAACAGAUAAAUCCAAAGGACAACUUUUGGCCAGUAACGAAUAGAACAAAGAAUCACAUAGAAGCCUGGUUUAAGGAUCUGUCUGGAAAUAAACCUUUAAUGAAUCUGUCUAAGAGAGCGCCCAACUUUAACAAAAAAGAAGAAAUAUUUGUGAUGCUGACUGAAUAUCAAGUUCCCAUGCUCAGAGCAGCUUGGUUUAUUAAAUUGAGUUCUGCGUAUACAGUUGCUGUUUCAGAAGCUAAAAUUAAAAAGAGACAGAUGCCUGAUCCCACUACAGAGUGGACAGGUACGACUUUAAAAUUCCUGAAAGAUCAAGUUCCAAAGUUGCAGGAACUGUAUUCUCAAGCUGAAAAACCUACUAAUGCAACAUUGAAUGCAACUCAUACAAAUGAGACUGAACAGAAGCUUGCAAUGCGCCAUUGGAAUUAUUGUACAAGGCUUUUAAAAUACAUGUAUGAAGAAGGACUGACAGACAGGCAGGAGGUCCUGAACUGGAUAGUAGAAUUACUCGAAAAACAAAAAGCUCAACUGCCAGGUGACGAUGGUAUUUUAAGACUGUUUCUUCCUCUAACCCUUCAGUAUUUAGACGAAUUUGUUCAGUCAGAACUGCUGUCACGAAGAUUAGCACAUUAUUGUGCCAAAAAAUUGGGCAGUAUGCUUACGAAUGUGGCAGAAACCAAUGUGAUGACAUCGCCACCCAGUGAAAGCAAAACAGAACCGAAAGAAACGGAAAAGGAAAAGAAAGAACCUACUUCCACGAAUCCGCUUCAAAGUAAUAUGGUUGAAUAUCAAAAUUGUCCUCAUCAUCGUGAUAUAGUUUUGCAGUUAAGCACUAUUAUCCAGACAGUUGUAUUGGAAUGCCCCACAGCGUUAGUUUGGUGUGGGACAGGCGUUGGUACCAUUUGGCACGGAUCCCCAUUGGAUAGUUUACCCAUUUUACCGUCCAUGUUGCCGAUGCCGCCCCGAUGUGAUAUGAAUACCUAUAGGAAACAGAUCAUGUUUGCUGAAAAUUGUAUUAGAGAUAGGAGUAAAAAGGCAGAAGGAAGAUGGUGCACCGAGAAGUGGCAAGCUUCACCUGCAGGGACUGUCACUACAAGAGUUCUGUCUGCUCUAGAUGCUUUGGAUCGUCACCGAUUUGACAAAAUGGAUGCAACAAAUUCUUUAGAUACAUUAUACGCCAAGAUAUUUAGUGGGCCAAAUGAUCAAGAGAACGCCGUAGUUAAAUUGCUGUGUGAAUGGGCAGUCUCUCCCGAACGUACCGGCGAACAUAGAGCUCUAGCCGUAGCAGCUCUACUUGACAGAAGGCAAUCGGACACAAAUACAGCAGGAGAUCAAGAAACUACACCUGGUGAUGACAAAGAUUCCAGUAGUAGUGUUCCAGGUGGUCCACCAAUGUUUCAGUCGCUAUUGAUGAAGUUUUUAGACAACGACGCGCCAGUUCCUGCACCUGAUGAUUGUUCAAUGAAAAAGACUGCGUUUUCCAACUUAGUUCACCUUUUUUCUGAACUUAUUCGUCGUGAUGUAUUCUCUCAUGAUGCCUACAUGUGUACUUUGAUAUCCAGAGGAGAUUUACUAGGACCUGAAGAAAAUUCUGAGAACACUUUGAACACACAUCACACUAAAAUGGAGCCGAUGGAUUGUGACGAUAAUAUAGACCACGAUAUAGACAAAAUCCUCCAAAACAUCAAAGAAGACCAACAGAACUCAAUGGACUUCCCAGAUAGUCCCAAAGAGCACGAUCACGGACAUCACUCCCACGUUCCUUCUUCCAUGGGCCAUGUCCCUCUGGAGACCGAUCACAACGACCACAAAGUUAAGCCUUCAAGACAUUUAUUGUAUACGACGCAUUUUCCCUUGAGCCAGGAUGAUCCUUUUUCUCAACACGACUGUAAUCAGAGACACGUUUUGUUGUAUGGUGUUGGCAAGAUACGAGAUGAAGCCAGACACACUGUCAAGAAGAUGUCGAAAGAAAUAUGCAAACUAUUUUCAAAGAAGUUUAGCAUCGACGUAGCUGAAGGUGGCAAAGUCAAAAAGCAGCGCAAUGAAUUUAAUUUCGAAUCAACUACCCAAAAAUGCCAAAGCCUCAGUUAUUUCGAUCAGCACUUAGUAACGUGGCAAUGUAGCGUUACAGUCAUAGAGAUGCUAAAUUCAUUUGCUACAGGAAACUCGAAUUAUCUUCCUGUUCAAGAACACGUAGCAUUCUUAUUUGAUCUGAUGGAACUCGCCCUAAAUAUAUAUGGACUAAUCGAUGUUUGUAUCCAGAUCUUAAAAGAAUUGCCCGAAGUCGAGGCUCAGUUAAAUAAUAAGAAUUUGGCAUUGAGUAGGAAUUAUACUACGUCGUUGAGUUUGUAUGUUGUAGGAGUACUCAGAAGAUAUCAUUGUUGUUUAUUAUUAUCGCCAGAACAAACCUCAGCCGUAUUUGAAGGUCUCUGUAAAGUCGUGAAACAUGUGUCCAACCCUGGAGACUGUAGCUCAGCCGAAAGAUGCAUUCUUGCUCAUUUGUACGACCUUUAUUCCUCUUGCAGCUUAUUGAAAUCGAAGCCUCACGCUGUCGAGCCUUUCGGAAACGCUUAUCCCAAAAUCAAACAGGCUCUUUAUACUUCUCCUCAACCGACACCGAGUAAUAUUUAUGUGUAUAAUGCCCAGUACAUGCAGGAAUUGUUUAUUAAUCCAAGAAGAGCGGGAAGAAUCGAUAGUGUUUUGGCGAAGCAAUUGAACGAAAAUGGAAAUAACAGGUAUUCUUUUGUAAGUAAUGCAGUAAUUCACGUUUGCCGAGAAAUGGAGAAUGAACGGUUGAAUGAUCUGGCGAUUUUAUGUGCUGAAAUGACAGCUUGUUGCAACUCUUUAGCUUCAGAAUGGCUGGGAGUCAUACUUACAUUAUGUUGCCCACUCACUCAUCCUGGAUAUUACUCAGAAGUUUUAAAUCAACUGGAUAUACAGGACGUCAGCAUUCACAACGCUCUUGCUGUAUUCACAUGCAUUUUGAUAGCGAGACAUUGUUUUUCACUGGAAGAUUUUGUCAGAAGAGUAGCUCUACCCAGUUUGCUUAAAGUCAAGUCAUUGGAUAACGGCGAAGGAAGAGCUGAAGGUGGCAUGCGUUUGACUUGUCAUUUAUUACUUCGUCUAUUUCGUACAGCCGAAGGUCCCCAACCGGGGUUAUAUUCCGUCGGAUCUCCUCCUCUUACUGCCCCAAGACCACCCUUAGGUGUUAGAUUGAGUUGCGAUCGACAUCUCUUGGCUGCUGCGCAUAGGAACAUACACGUUGGUCCUGUGCUUGCAGUACUAAAAGCUGUAUUAAUAGUCGGUGAUGCAACAGCUAAAGAAGGAACAGAAUUAAGUUUGAGUAACAUCUUAGGAACUAGCGAUCUGCAUAGCGGUGUUGAUGGACCAAAUCUUGAUUUACCGAUGAACGUGGAUGUGUGCGGAUCGAGGACGACACAUAGACAAUCAAGCACUGGUAAUGCAGAAAGCACAGCAUCACUAUCGGCUUUCGCCUGUCACGUUUUAAGAGAAAUCUGCUCUCAACAAUGGGUGUUGGAACGGUGUCUAUCAUCAGACGAGCUCUGCCACGUCGACAACCUUUUGGAUCCGCUAUUGUCUCAUUCGCAGGCACAGAGGCUCUUGCAUAUGAUAUGUUAUCCGGAUGCCGGAGCGAGUAUUGAUUCUCUAGAUCAGAAAUCUAUGAUUAGUCGAAUAUUAGAGAAUCUAGAACAAUGGACACUUCGAAUGUCAAUCCUCGAUCUUCAGUUAAUGUUCGAACAGUUCAGUCCCAACUCUCCGGAACUUUCCCAAUGGUUAGACACCGUGGCCAAAGCCGCCAUCGACGUGUUUCAACUUAACGCUCCAUACGAAACACCUCCUGUCGAAGAAAAGAAAAACGAAAAGAAACAACAGGCGUCUAUCUGGUUGGUAGCACCUUUGGUUUCUAAACUACCGUCUGCCAUCCAAGGGCGCGUACUGAAGGUAGCAGGGCAAGUAUUAGAGAGCGGAGGUUGGUGUAAAGAACAGAAAAAUAAACUUAAAACUUGUGGCGGGGAAAGCCAGAGCUUGUUGACGCAUCAGCCAUUUUUACAGUUAGUUUUGACGUGUCUUAAGGGGCAAGAGGAAGGGAUGAGGGAAGGAUUAUUGUCUUCCUUACAUCAACAAUUAUCACAGCUCGUACAGCAAGCAAAAGAAGGAAACCUACAAGACGUCACCGGUACGGAAAGAACCUUAGAUGGACUUCAGUUACGUUUCGCUCUGGUAGGGGGCGUUUUCGAGGCGUUCCAACGAAAUGCAUCUGCCACUACCGACUGGGCUUUGUUGUUGGUUCAACUCGUUACUUACGGACUCAUCGAUCUCCACACUCACAGCGAUUUGUUUACUAUCGUCAUAGAUAUGUUGGCAACUUUAGUUCAUUCUGCAAAAGCAACUGAUACACAGGACGAUACCAGAAAAAUGUAUCCCAAUCUUCUUAAGAAACUGAAAAAGGAAGUUGGGGAAAAACAGAACGCCUCACUUCAACACAUUCGACAAUUACUACCUUUGUUAAGAGUACAAACAGAAGUGAUUGCUGUGGAACCUGCAGGAUCUAGCAAAGGAAAUAAGAUGAAUUUUGACAGUGUCGACAAGAAACAUGAUUUACAGGUGACAGAUAAACAGCGGGUAAGCAACUGGGACAUACUCGAAGGAAUGAAAAAUCCAGCCCCUUUAUCUUGGGCUUGGUUUGGAGCAGUAAGACUAGAGAGGAAGUCGUUAGCGUGUGAAGAUACUUUCAGAUUAUUAAAGUUCCAUACUCAUAACCUUCAAAAACCGGCAGCUCAUUACUUGGAUCCACCACCAUUGCCUCCAGAAGAUUUAGAACCGAUUCCGGACAAACCUGCUGAUACUCCAUCGUCGGUAGACCAAAGUCCAGCAGGAGCCGUCGGUAAGGGACGUGGCAAGGGCCAGAGAAAACCACGCAAACCCAAAACGGUUCCUGGUGCUAUUCACGUUAAUCCUAUGUCGAUAAGUCAAUCCCAAAUUGCCCAAGGACAACCUGGUUUGCCCAUGCAAGUUCAAGGUAACAAUCCGCAGAUGGGACAUAACAUGGGCGGAUAUGGACAAGGACCAGGUAUGCAGCCACAGCAAGGACAGUACGUUGGUAACACUGGACAGCAGAAUUGGUUCGGACAGAAUCCACAGCAAGGAUAUGGAUAUCCUCCAAUGCAAGUAAACAGAUUCGAGCGUCCACCGCAGCAAAUUAAUCAGUCUAAACAAGCACUUUCUAAUAUGCUUCGAUCUAGACAUCCUCUUAAUCAGUACAUGCCUGGAAUGCAAAAUACUCAAGGUGGACCUCAACAACCUGGAAAUUAUGGUCAGAUGCAGAGAGGUUUUCCAAGACAACCAAUGCGACAACCACAUCCUAGUUCCAUGCAACCAAAUCAGGGCAUGUUUCCACAACAGUAUAGUAAUAUGCAGAGCGGCAUGGGGCAGCAGUAUGGUAAUUACGGUGGUAAUCCCCAGUCUAUGAUGCAAAGUAAUAUGCAGAGCAAUCAACAAAUGAUGCAAGGAGCACAGGGUAAUAUGUUUGCCGGUCAGCAACAAGGUUUUGGUCAAGCCAGACCAGCUCAGCCAGAUUACCGACAGAUGAAUCAAAAUCCGCGCGCACCAUACAUGCAGCAAGCUCCUAACGUUACCAUGAACACCAACAUGAGCUCAAUGGCGGGUAUGACUGGCCAGGGAGUAGCAGCUCCGCCCUAUUCGCGCACAGGUGCCCAAGGUAUGCAAUCCAACGUACAAAAUCAAUCGCAAUUCCAACAGCAACAGCAAAGAAUGAGAUUAAUGGCGAUGCAACAGCAACAGCAGCAACAACAGCAACAAGGGGGACCGCAAGGUAAUCAACCAUCACCGGCUCUAGUGGCUCAUCUGCAAAGGCAGCAGCAGAUGAAUCAGAAUCCAUAUCAUCAGCCACCACCUUACAAUAUGCAAUAAAUCGACAGAGUUUUGGAAAAUGAAAUGUAAUGAAGUAAAAACAAACCGUUUAAUCGCAAACACAAACAUUUUUACCCUCACAUGUCGUUAUCCGCUUUAUACAGGGUGGUUCAUCUUAUUCGCCUCGAUCUCUGUACGGAAAACGACUUGAUCUGUAAAAAAAAUUUUCACAAAAAUGAUUCAAAAAAGGGUGGUAGGUAUAUCAAAGUUAUAUUUUUUUAUGGAACACCAUAUACCUGAUGACAUUUUUGAAUUGUCUUUAAAAAAUAAGCUAUCGUUUUCUAAGGGUUCCCUAUACCUAAAUACAGGGUGUUUCGAUUUAUUUUGAUUUUUAUAAAAAUGUAAGGUUUUAGGAAAAAUUGAAUCGGUCAUUUUAAAAACAACACGAGUCACAUAUUCCUAAUUUUACAAGAGAGUAAAAAAACUAACUAUAGUUGAAAGAUGUAUGAAAUGGAUGACAUCAAAAUUCAGUUAUAUUGUAGUUUUGUUCCUAAUGUUUUUACUGGACUGGUGUCGUUCUUGCUCACAACGUGAGUUAAUCUUAAAAUAGUCUAUUCCUCUCAAAAAGUUAGUUUCUGAAAAUUGUGGACUUAUGCACUUUUUGAAAUCUUCUUCUUCUUCUUCUUCUUUUUGUAUAGACAUUACUCUGUCUGUUUUUCAAUGUGCCUACAGUAAGUUGUCAUUCCAUCUUUUUAGUGGUCUUCCCACUGAUCGUCUUCCUAUUGGGGAACCGUCUCUCGCCGUCCUUACGACUCUAUUUGUUGUCAUUCGGCUUAUGUGGUCGUUCCAUUCUACUCUUCUGCUUUUCACCCAGUUAUUAAUGUUGUCCACCUUGCAUCUCCUUCGUAUAUCUGCACUUCUAGCUCUAUCCCACAGCGUCUUACCAUCGAUUUUUCGCAAUGUUUUCGUUUCUGCUGUUUCUAGCAUUCUUUUUAUCCUUUCUGUAUCAGGUCGUGUUUCUGUCGCGUAUGUCAUUAUUGGUCUGAUGACUGUUUUGUAAAUUCUGCCUUUCACUUCUUUUCCGAUGUUUUUAUUUAUCCAUAUUGUUUCAUUCAGGCAACCUGCGGCUCUGUUUGCUUUAUUCACCUGAUCUUCCACUUCUGUUUCGAGCUCUCCGUAGCUGCAUAGUGUGAUGCCCAGAUAUUUAAACUCCAUGACUUGUUCUAUUAUUUGACCCUCCAGCUCUAAUUUACACCUUAUUAGAUCUGCUGUUAUAACCAUGCAUUUAGUCUUUUUUGGGGAAAUUAACAUGUUAAAUUUUCUAGCGGUUAUAUUAAAUUCGUGCAGCAUACGUUGUAAAUCAUCUUCACUUUGAGAGAUUAGUAUUGCGUCGUCUGCAUAGCAGAUUAUUUUAAGUUGUUUUUCUCCCAUUUGGUAUCCCUUUUUUGUUCUUACUUUUUUUUAUUAUUUCGUCCAUGAUCAGGUUGAACAACAGAGGACUUAGGGAAUCUCCCUGUCUUAUCCCAUUGCCAGCUUCAAUUGGGUCAGUUAGUUCUUCAUCUACUUUAACUUUUAUUGUGUUGUUCUGGUAGAUAUUUUAGAUCGUUUUAAUUAUUCCUAGAGGUACCUCUCUUGCGUAUAAUAAAUGGAUAACGUCCUUUAAUUUGACCCUGUCAAAUGCCUUCUUAAGGUCCACGAAACAUAAGUAUGCCGGUUUGUUGUAUUCUAACGAUUUUUCUUGAAUCUGCCUCAUUAUAAAUAUAGCGUCGGUGCAUGAUCUUCCCGACCUAAAACCUUGUUGUUCUUCUGCUAAUGUUAUAAUUUUAUUCAGUUUGGUUGUUACUUUUUGAAAUGACCGAUUCAAUUAAAUAUCUAAGAAUCGGUGUUCUAUUAACAAAUUCAAGCUGCAAUAACGUACUUAUUUUAAAUGAAACGCCCUGUAUUUUAUUAGUCUAUUGUGUGGAAAAUUUACUUAGCUUUCAAUCUGUAUUAGCUUAUCCUAUACCUAUUUUUGUACAGGAUAGUCAAAAUAUUAGAUUGUUCUAUUAACAAAUUCAAACUGUAAUAACGUACUUAUUUUAAAUGAAACACCCUGUAUUUUAUUAGUAUAUCGUGUGAAAAAUUUACUUAGCUUUUAAUCUCUAUUGGGGUUUUCUAUACCUAUUUCCCUUCGUUUUUGAAAUAUUUAAAGAUUUCCUAAUUUUUAAGCUAUAACAAUUAGAAUCCAAUAUGUCGUGGUUAUGUACAACAACACAUCACCAAACACCGGCGAUAUAAUUAGAUAUUUUAGACAAGAUACUGUCAUUAAUAUAAUUUACAUUUUUAUCAUUUAAUCACACAGAGUGUUCUUAUUUUAAGGGGAUCGGUACAAAGUUUCGGCUCCAAUGCUAUUUAAAUGGGAUUCAUUUUUUUUCGAAUCCUGAAAAAACUAAUAAGUGUUUUUGAAAAAUUUAACCACAGAAUGAAAGAUUACGUUCUUACGGAGGGCCGAAAGUCCCUGAAAACUUCUAUAAUGUUUAUUUUAAUAAGUAACAGGGGUGAAAACUAAGAGAAAAUGUAGUGUGAUUUUUAAUUUCAAAUAUCUCAUUCAAAAGAAACUUUUUAUUUAUUCUAAUAGUCGAGGAAAUGAAACUGAAAAAAUGGCAAAACCUCGCAAUUUUUUCGUACAGCAUCGAUUUGUACAAAAAUUUGGGAUUGGGCUCAUUUCACUCUCUAGUUCAUUUUCUAUAUUGAGCCGUUGUACGAUUUUGGUUUUUUAAGGGUAAAAACUACCCCUAAUUGUAAAAAAUUAUAAAAUAACAUUUUAAACUUUAAUAUUGUCAACAUUAGGUUCUUAUUAGUUACAUAAUGAUUGUUUUAUGCUUUAAGAUAUAAUAUCAUAAUACUUCAACCCUUACAACCACCCUUGUUGGAGAUAUAUAUAAAAAAUUGACUUAUCCUAAAAGAAUAAUUUCGGCUUGCAUCGAUUUACAUAAAAUUUUGAGAUUAGGAUCAUAUCACCCUGUACUUCUAUUCUAUUCUAUUCAUAUUCUAUAUCAUGCUCAAGGGCGUUGAUUAUUUUUAGGGGUGUAAACUACCCCUUAUUGUCAAAAAUUAUAUACAAACAUUGUAAACUUUAAUAUGGGUAAAAUUUGGUUUUGAUUGGUUAAAUAAUGAUUGUUUUAUGCUAAAGGAUAUAAUAUCAUAUUUCAGCCCUUAAAAACCACCCUUAAUAACAUUGCAAUUUUUAUAAGUAGAUAAUUUAAUAGAUCUAUACAGAAGAAAAAGUAGAAUUAAGAAUUACAAAAACAUUUACUUAUUUACACAAAAAUGCGAAUUUACAAAUAUGUACAAAUACAAAUAGUUUUUUAGUCAUCUUCCAGUAUACGAACUAGUUCUGUGGUAUUAUAUACAUUGAAAAUGCUCUAUAAGCGGACUUUUUAAAUUUUUCGAAAAAAAAAUUGUUUUAUAAACAAACUCCUUUAUUUUUGGCGAUAGAAAGUUUUUUCAAAAAUAAUUUGGUAGGAUUUUUGAAGAGCUAUAAGACUAUGUAAAUUAAAUUCCGUAAGAUCCCUUAGUUUUUAAUUGGGGUGGGUUUAAAGAGCUCGAUAAGGGGGUGUUUGCUCGUAAAUAGAGGUUUUAAACAGCUAUAUCUCGCUAACUAUUCACUGUUAUGAAAAUCUAUGAAAAACGAAAUUUUAGUUAUGAAAAAAACUACAAUUUAGUAGUCUAUCAUUUUUUUUCUUAUCUCCAGUAUUUUCGGAGAUAUUUUGAAGUAAAAGGUGAAAAAUGCGAAAUUGCAAAAAAUCAGUUUUUCUUUAAACUCCAAUUUUUCUAAAAUUAGGCCUUUUAAAUGGGUUAAACUUCUUGGGUGUAUUUAUAAUACAAAUAUAAAAGCAAUUACAGAAAGGUGAAGACCAGUUUUUAAUUAGGAGGGUAAUUAGGGGGUUGAUUUCACUGAUUUUUUCAUAAAGGAAAGGAGGUACCGACCUUUUUUUUAAUAAUAAGUCACUCAAUUUUUAUGCUAGAAACUUUUUGUUUUUUUUUUGAAGGGUCUAAUUGUAUCCUUGAAAAAAGAUUAUCUAAGUUUUCCUCAAAAAAUGCAAAGUUUUCCCGUUAUUUGGCUUUGAAUAUUUCAAAUUAUAGCUCAUUUGACGAAAAAACUAACCUUUAACAUGCGGUAUCUCGGUUUGUGUUACUAAAAAACACAAUUUCGAUAGCUACAGUUUUUUUGAUUAAAUGCAUAUUUUUCGAGUUAUUCUCAAAAAACUCUAAAAAAAGUGGAUUUUUUCGUCGAAGAACUCUUACUUUCAACCGUGAAUAACUCGAAAAAUAUAAGUUUUACGAAAAAAAUGUAAAAAACAUUUUUUUUAGAAUCACGUUUUGCAUCGAUUACAUGGCUAAAAUUUAAUAAAAAAUUCCCACCCCCGUGAUGGGGUGGUAACCACCCCCAAGGUUUUAGCGUACAGCGUCAUGAUAUAGAAAAUAAUUCUUGGACUAUUCCCUACCUUCUGUGAAAAUUUCAAGUAAAUCCAUGCCGGGCGAAAAAAUUGCGAGCCAAAAUGCUUCAUUUCCUCGACUAUAAGGGACUUUCGACCCUCGAUAAUAAUUUAGUCUUUUGUAGCAGUGUAUUAUUCUCAGAAAAUACACUACUACUUAUGCAACCAAACUUACCGAGACGCUGAGAACAAGACUGUCACUUUUGACGUUUUUGAAAAAGGCGAGAGGUCUUUUCAGUUUUGAUGGUGGAAGUUUUUGGUAAAUUUUUAUAGAAAAAUAAGUAAAUGUCGUACAGUGGAUGAUCUGGAUCAUUUAGAAAGAGUAUUCUGGUUAUUGAGUGGAGGAGAGUAUUGGUUGGUGUUGAUUUUUGUUUAAAGACAAGCAAAUCUUUUUUGGAGGUUGUGAAAAGGAUAGAUCAGUCUACACUGUAAGCCCUAUGUUUUGUCACUUUGUCAGCUACCGUACCGUGGAGGCUUUUAGUAGCAGUAUGUUUGCCUGAACAUAUUAUUUAUUUGUAGAGUGGUUAAGUAAAGUGCCAUAUCUCAGGUAACAAUUUUGACUUGACUUUAUCUCAAAAAUACUUUGGUGGUUAUACGCGAUUUUUUUAGACUGAGCGUUUCAUAGAUAUUGCUAAAUUUUAUCAGUUAAAGUGGGUGGACUGUUCCAAUAAGUAUAGAACAAAAACCUUUUAUUUUGGUGCUAGAUUCGUAUAAAAAAAAUGAUAACGUCUGUGUAUUUAGUUUAUGUAUAAUUUAUAUCAUUAAUAAUAUCUAUAAUUUGUUGAGCUCAGCAUCUCAGGUACUUACCUACAUAAAACCUAAAGUGCCGACAUUUUUUUUGUUCAGUUUUUAUAGUUUUUAAUUCGGUCUUUAUUAAAUUUAAUUUGGGUUAAAUAGUAGUAUAAAUAAGCGUUCUCUAUACAAAUAGUACCUUUAGGUUUUACAAGUUAUUUUUUUAUAUAUUUAACGGGUUUGUGUUUUCUAUCUUGUUUGACUGUUUUAUGUUUAGUUUUUUUUGUUUCUUUGCUACAUUAUUGUUAAGACUUUUUUAUAAAAUAAAUUUCGAAUAAUUGUCAUUUUUUUACGAUUGUCAUUUUUUUAUUAUCUUUAUUUUUUUUAUUUUUUAUUUAAUCCACAUACAUUUCAGAUAAUUUUACAGAGUAAUUUGGCUAUCAGUUAGUUCCUGUUCAAUUGUAUCCACAAGGUAAGGUAAAGUAAAAUCCUACGCAGGUAGGUUGGCGUCCAACUUUUCGUUUUCUUCUUCGUUUUCUUUUCAAUUUUCUUUAAUUUUGUUAUCUACCGACCCCGACCCCUCCGAAUACUGUAAAGAGCAACGGUGCACUUAUUCACAUAUGUCGGGACCUUCAGGCUGUAGCCAUUUUAUAGGCACCUAAGGUUGCCGCACUUUCAUUCUUCCAUUUAAAUUUUUUAAAAAUAUUUAUUAGUUUUUUCAUGAUUUGAAAAAAAUGGACACCAUGUCCGUGGUGAUAUUUUCCAAAUCAAACAUUCGCUAUUUUUGUCAUACAACGCACUGAGUUGAAUAGAAUAUGGUGACAAGACAGUGACAAUUUUAAAUAUUUGACAUGGCAUCGGGAAUAUUUUGAGUUGUUGAUUAAGUAAUAUUGAUAGUGUAUUUGAUAAAUAAUUGAUUUAACACAUGAACUUAAUAAAAAGUUAUUUAUUGUUUAUUAUUUAUGGAAGAUCCAAGCAGAGAAUACCCCAAGAUAUAUUCUGUGAUCCAAGUGUUUUGUUCUUAAAGAUGUUCAAAAUUGUAAGCAUUCCAUCACUAAAUUAUUAAAAAAUCACUUUAUCACUUUUCCUCUUUUCUCGAUUUAGUAUUAGUUUUUGUUGUACAGUAUAUAAAUUAUUACAAUCACUGAAUACAUAGUUAGUGAAAAAAUUAUCAUAUUAAUUAACUGAAUUAAUAAUUUAAGCAAUUAUACAACUAACAGUUAUCGAAGAAUAUUCAAAAGCCAUCUGUUUAAAGUUAAUGAUAACAUUGUCAAGUAAUGUUUACAUAUCAUACCAGUGAGAAUUUUAGUACACGUAAUUUGCCGCGUAAAGACAGAAAAAGUAGGGAUGGGCGUAAAAUAUUUGCGCCUACACUCUUAAAUGGUAUACUGAGUAUUUUAAUCUUUAUAAUAUUCACUAAAAGGGAAGUUCCCUAGGUUGGCUGUAUACCAUAUAGUUAAAAAACUGUAACAUGAAGUAAAACACUUCUAUGUAAUUGGUAUAUUUAUUAAUAAAUUAUCGAAUUAAAUUUCAUCGAAAUCGGUUCAGUAGUUUUUGCUGGGCGGUGGCGACAUACGUACGUACGUACGUACGUACGUACAUACUUCCGACAUGUUUUUUUUUUAUUUGCUUUUUAGACUCAGGGGGACUCAAAACGUCGAAAAAAAGUGAAAUCUGAAAAAAAAUUUUUUGCACGAUCCUAUAACUUUGUCUAUUAUACUAUACUACGUAUAUAGUACGAUAAAGUAAAAAUGGCCAUUACUGCUUGAUUCCUUAGGAUAAUUUAUUUAAUUGGAAGGCUACAAAAGAAAAUAAUGUAAUAUCGAAACGAAUUACACAACAAUAAAAAUUACUACUGAACUUGAACAAAAUUGUCUAAUAUUUGGAAGAGAAAGGAAACUUUUGAAUAAAAGCUUUAGGAAUAGGAAAUUAUCCCCAAUAAACGGACUAAAUGGAAUUACUGCUUCUGCCAAAAUAUCCUCUAUAUACCGGUGAGCAUUUAGGGGGCCAUUGAUGAAAAUAAGUUCAUUUCAAGCUUCAAAUGAGAUUCCAGCCCAAACCAUGACACCACCCCUCCAAAUUUUCUUCUGUGUGGCAUACAAUCUUGGGCAUAUCUUUCAUUUCUCUGUCUUCAAACCCUCUCUCGGCCAGACAUCAAACAGAAUCGCGAUUCAUCAGUAAAGAGAAUUCGGCUCCAAUCAUGUAUAUCCCAGUGUACCCACAGUGUCUGGGUUAUAAUUCGGGAAUAAUAGCCGACCUUCUUGCCAUUAGUCGUCUUUCAUUGAGGCGUCUUUUAACCGUUCUCUCACUUACAUUCACAUUUCGAACCUCGUGCAGACGGUUUCUUGCAGAUUUGCCGUGGAAUGGUGAUUUCUUAAAAGUUCCAUCACAAUAAAACGAUCACUUUUUUGCGAGAUAACUCUUCUACGACCGGAACCAGGUCGACGUGAGUAUGUACUAGUUUCUAUAAAGCGAUGGAAAGCUCUCCGCACUGAAGUUUUCGGAAUACCUAAAGUUUCGGAUACACAAACUUGACUUCUUCCGUCUGUAGCAAUGCAACAAUUUGAGCAACGUCUACUGUAGAUAACACCAUACCUUAAUUAUCAACUAAUUAAAUUAUUAAUUAUUACUAAAUAUUUAGUCUAAAUCCACGUUUAAAAAGCUAAAUUACUGUUUAAUUAAAUGUUUUCAACUUAAAAUAUAAACAGCGACUACAGAAAACAACAACAUAAACGUCAAAACUAAGUCACAAACUGCCAAAAUUAAGCAUACAUGAUCGCGAUAAAUAUAUAAAUUGAGACACAACGUGAAACAGUGGAUAAAACUUUCAAUGAAUUUUUAUUUUCCGAAAUUUAUAGAGUGGUCACUUUUUUUGCCAGUCAAUGUAUAUUGCCGGUAUUGAUGAUGUGUUGGACAUAACCACGACAUACUUGGUUAAUGCUUACAAAUUAGGAAAUAUUUAAAAAAUGAAGGGAGAUAGGUAUAAUAAACUAAUAGAGAUUGAAAACUAAGUAAAUUUUUCAUUAAUAAAAUACAGGGUGGUUCAUUUAAAAUAAUUACGUUAUUACAGCUUGUAUUUGUUAAUGGAACCAUCUAAUUUUUUGACUACCCUGUACAACAUUUUGAUAAAAUUAACAUUUAUUUAAAUAUGCUGAGUAGUCUAUUAUUAAGAUCCAAAAAAAAUAUUUUUCAUC